AAAUGGAGACCCAGAAAGACUCAAUCCUCUGCCCAGGCUGUAAUAGGACUGUCCAUCCACUGAGACAUAUUAAUAAUGACGUGAUGGUCACUGACAACAACGGUGCAGUCAAGUUUUCACAAUUGUGUAAAUUUUGUGAUGUGACAUUUUCCACCUGUGACAACCAGAAAUCCUGCAUGAGCAACUGCAGCAUCACAGCCAUCUGUGAGAAGCCACAGGAAGUCUGUGUGGCUGUAUGGAGAAAGAAUGAUGAGAACGUAACACUAGAGACUGUGUGCCAUGACCCCAAGCUCCCCUACCAUGAUUUUAUUCUGGAAGAUGCUGCAUCUCCAAAGUGCGUUAUGAAGGAGAAAAAGAAGCCUGGCGAGACUUUCUUUAUGUGCUCCUGUAACACGGAUGAGUGCAAUGACAACAUCAUCUUCUCAGAAGGCUAUAACACCAGUAAUCCUGACUUAUUGCUGGUCAUAUUCCAAGUGACAGGCGUCAGCCUCUUGCCACCGCUGGGAAUCGCCAUAGCUGUCAUCAUCACCUUCUACUGCUAUCGCGUCAACCGGCAGCAGAAGCUGAGCUCAUCCUGGGAAUCCAGUAAGCCGAGGAAGUUGAUGGAGUUCAGCGAGGGCUGUGCCAUCAUCCUGGAAGACGACCGCUCCGACAUCAGCUCCACAUGCGCCAACAAUAUCAACCACAACACAGAGCUGCUGCCCAUUGAGCUGGACACCCUGGUGGGCAAAGGUCGCUUUGCUGAGGUCUACAAGGCCAAGCUGAAGCAGAACACUUCCGAGCAGUUCGAGACAGUGGCAGUCAAGAUCUUCCCCUAUGAGGAGUAUGCCUCUUGGAAGACAGAGAAGGACAUCUUCUCAGACAUCAACCUGAAGCACGAGAACAUCCUCCAGUUCCUGACGGCCGAGGAGCGGAAGACAGAGUUGGGGAAACAGUACUGGCUGAUCACAGCCUUCCACGCCAAGGGCAACCUGCAGGAGUACCUCACGCGGCAUGUCAUCAGCUGGGAGGACCUGCACAAGCUGGGCAGCUCCCUUGCCCGGGGCAUUGCCCACCUCCACGGUGACCACACCCCAUGUGGGAGGCCCAAGAUGCCCAUCGUGCACAGGGACCUCAAGAGCUCCAAUAUCCUUGUGAAGAAUGACCUGACCUGCUGCCUGUGUGACUUUGGGCUCUCCCUGCGUCUGGACCCUACCCUGUCUGUGGAUGACCUGGCUAACAGCGGGCAGGUGGGAACUGCAAGAUACAUGGCUCCAGAAGUCCUAGAAUCUAGGAUGAAUUUGGAAAAUGUUGAGUCCUUCAAACAGACUGAUGUCUACUCCAUGGCUCUGGUGCUCUGGGAAAUGACAUCUCGCUGUAAUGCGGUGGGAGAAGUAAAAGAUUAUGAACCUCCAUUUGGUUCCAAGGUGCGGGAGCACCCCUGUGUCGAGAGCAUGAAGGACAACGUGUUGAGAGAUAGGGGACGACCAGAAAUCCCCAGCUUCUGGCUGAACCACCAGGGCAUCCAGAUGGUGUGUGAGACCCUGACCGAGUGCUGGGACCAUGACCCAGAGGCCCGUCUCACAGCCCAGUGUGUGGCAGAACGUUUCAGCGAGUUGGAGCACCUGGACAGGCUCUCGGGGAGGAGCUGCUCCGAGGAGAAGAUUCCAGAAGAUGGCUCCCUGAACACUACCAAAUAGCUCUUCCGGGGCAGGCUGGACCACGUCCAAAGAGACCUCCCCUCUCACCAAAGAACAGAGGCAGCAGGAAGCUGCCCCUGAACUGAUGCUUCCUACAAAACCAAGGGGGUCACUCCUGUCCCUGUAAGCUGUGGCAUGAGCAGAACCGACAGCAGCCGGGAGUGGGUGACAUAAAGCAUUCUAUGCCUUUGACAUUGUCAUGGGUUAAGCUGUGUUAGCACUUCCUCAGGAAAUGAGAUUGAUUUUUACAAUAGCUAAUAACAUUUGCACUUUAUUAAUGCCUGUAUAUAAAUAUGGGAUAGCUAUGUUUUAUAUAUAUCUAUAUGUGUCUAUAUCUAUAUAUAGCCAUACUCUGAAAAGAGAUGAGGAAAAAGAUCAAAUAUGCCCAGGAAAUUGGUUUUAUUGGAGAGCUCCAGGACCGAGCAGAGAAUGAGGAGACCCAUGAUGCCAUCAGCGCUUGACAAUCACACAUGGGAUGGUUCUCUGACUGUAUGAGGGUGCCUUGGCGUCAGGAGAGAGGCUCUGUGUCUCAGAGCCGGCCGUGGCCACAUCGCAUUUGUCUUUGCAAAAUAAUCAUUCCGGAAGGGGUUUCUCUUCUGGCCAUGGAACUGAGUGCAGUGGCUCUGUUUGAGGACAAGUGUUCCUGGACUUCCUGUGUGUCCUUGUCUCUCCUGGCCUUUUCGCUUGAGCUCCAAGCCCCACUUCUGAUUUGGGAACCACCUUCCUCAACCUAGGUUAGAAACUCUGCCCCAUCUCUAAUAACCUGAACUUUCUAAGCCUCGUUCUGUACCUUCACGGGCUGCAGAAAAAUCAGAAGGGCAGAUUCCCCACACGUGAAGUCGCCACACCGUCUACUAAUGAGAGAUGGUUCUUUUUUUCAGCUUCUCCUGAUACCUGUGUGGACUGUUCUCUGUUCCCAGCCUUCAUCCUUUCUUAAAAGGGAGCAGACCCCUCCUCUGGGUUCAUCGUGUUUAAUUUUUUAUCACACUUGGCCUGAGUCUCUAACUUUCUAUGCAAACACCCAUGGGCUCCAUCUCCGGGCUCCGGGAUGCUCAAGCACAUUUUGGCCUAGUGGAAAGGAUUUGAACGACAUGCACCGCCAGUGUCAGGCCUGUGUCUUUCUCAGGCACUCUGAACACAUGCUUGCCUUGGCCAGCACAGCGUUUAAAAAAGUUAAGCCACUUUUUAAAUAUUUGGAGAUUUCGCAGAAAAAUCCAGGUCCCCAGGUAAGGAUGGCAGAUGAUUUCCAGUUCUUUCCUGUCCACACACUUAGAAAGCUGCUUUACUUCUCACUGUAAACACUUGUUCUUUCUACUGCCCUUCCCUAGUCUGGGAAUUAAACCUGCCCCAAACCAAGGUUCCUUGGAAGAACUGCAUAUUCAAGCAGUCAUUCUCUGGCUUUGUCAUAUGAUUUUGACUACCUUAUUUAGUGUUAAAUUUGAAGCUGGCCUUUUAUUGGACUAAAGGGACCUGCUUUAAGGGAUCCCAGUUAUCCCAAAUGUCUUUUGCUCAUAGGUCAGUAGUUUUUCCUCUGCACUGGGGAGGCGAGCUCUUUACUCUGAGAUGCUCUCCUCUCCACCACCCCAGCCUUCCCAGCCUUUGCAGAAAUUGCUAGCAAGGACUUGAACUUGGGGUACAAGAGUCCCAUUUGCAGUUAGGAAAUCUUUGUCCACAUGGACAAGAACAAAGAAUGAGCUUUAAUACUUCAUAGGAAACUUGUAAAUCCACAAACAGGUGUUAAUGCUGCAAGUAAUCUCUUUUUUAAAACAUGUUUUUUGAAGCUACUUAUUUUCAACCAAAUAGGAAUCUUAGAGCAGAACUGGCAGUGAGCAAAUCAGCUCUAUUUGGGUUUCGGAAGGUCUCAUUUCACUGAGGUUUUAGGAUACAAGCAGAAGUUUGGAAUUAGGAGGAACCCUCUAGACACCCUGUUUAGUGUGGGUGAGCUCAGAGUUAAAGAGAAUUUGCCUGCGGUACCACAGAAGUGCCUAGACAUUUCAUUUACACCUUAGGGCUUGCUGAUGACAUCCCAAUAGCUGUUGCUCAUUGACCUCUAGUGGUGAAUUUCUAGAAUACUGGUCCUUUAAUGGGAUCUUCCAAGAUUCAAGAGUAUUAUCCCUUCUGGGUUAUCAUCAGCGUAAACUGGAAUGUAGUGUCAAAUGAUACUGUGGUUUGUUUUGCUUAUUUUUUUUGUCUUAUUCAAGAAAAAGACCAAGGAAUAACAUUCUGUAGUUCCUAAAAAUACUGACUUUUUUCACUACUAUACAUAAAGGGAAAGUUUUAUUCUUUUAUGGAACACAUCAGCUAUACUCAUGUAUUAAAAUAGGAAUGUGAAUGCUGUAUACUCUUUUUUAUAUCAAAAAUCUCAAGCACUUAUUUUCAUUCUAUGCAUUGUUUGUCUUUUAUAUAAAUAAAAUGUUUAUUAGAUUGAAUAAAGCAGAAAUACUCAGGUGAGCUUCUGCCUCUGUUCC